AUGGAUGAUCCUUUGCUUAUUAGUUACUUUUAUGGAGGCCUUUGUGCACGCAAAAGGUUCCCUGAUGCAUCUAGUGGUUGCUCUCUUGUGAAAUAUAAGACGGCGGAUGAAGCAUGGAGAUUGAUUAAUGAUGUUGUUGAAGCUACUCAACAUGCUAGAGUAAGAAACAAUUCGCCAAAAAGUGCAGGGGAAGUAUUUUCUUCCGAUUCGGCUUUGACCAAGAAUAUUCAUGAUGAAGAGGUAGUUGUUGUGGCACAAGAGGUGGAUGAUGAGGAAGAAACAAGGCAAGAAGAAGAAGAGCUGAACUUCAAGGAGCCUAUGAGGAAGGUCGUAAUGGAUGAGUCCAUCCCCAUUCCAUUUUCUUCUAUGGUUAAGAAAGCUAAAAAGACUCUAGAAUUUGACCUCAAUAUGUUGCAAAUUUUCAAGAAAGUUGAGGUAACAAUUCCACUCCUUAAUGUUAUUCAACAAAUUUCCAAAUAUGCCAAGUUCUUAAAAGAUCUAUGCACACAUAAGGAUAGAAUUGGUGAGCUUAAAACUUUGUCUUUGGGUAGCUUUAUAUCUUCAUUGAUGAACUCUAUUCCAGAGGAAUGUAGUGAUCCGGGACCAUGCUUGGUUUCUUGUUGGAUUGGUGGAGUUACUUUUUAUGAUUGCAUGUGUGACUUAGGUGCAUGCGUUAGCAUCAUGCCUCUUUUGGUGUUUGUAAGGUUGAAUUUGGUCUCAUUGAAAAGGUCAGCUACAAAGUUUCUUUUGGCCGAUAAAAGUGUGAUUAUUGUGGCCAGAAUAACAGAGGAUGUACUUGUGAGGAUCAAGAAUUUGGUUUUUUCUGUGGACUUUUAUAUUCUUGAGAUGUCUCCAAUUGAUAAUGGGAAACCUUCAUCUAUAUUACUUGGUAGGCCCUUUUUGAAGACCUCAAAGUUCAAGUUGGAUGCCUUCAUUGGUACAUAUUCUUUUGAGGUGGGUGAUAAGAUUAUCAAGUUUAAUUUGGAGGAAGCUAUGAGGCAUCCACCGGAGAGACUUGUGGUGCAACCGUGUCAAGAAGAGGCAUGA